AUGAGACGACUUUUUCUUGAACUAUAUCAUAAACUGAUCUUCCCCUCCACACCAAUCACGAGUUUUUCUCCAUUCCUCUCGUAUAUCGUCGUAACGCCCUUAAUGCUAGGUUUUGAAAAAGACUUUUCAUGUCAUUCCCAUUUAGGUCCGAUUCGGAUCCCUCCGUUGUUUCCUUUUCCUCCCGCACCUUUUCCUCGAAAUGAGAAAGAAGAUGGUACACUCGAAUUGUAUUAUUUAAGUACUUAUUGCUUGCCAAAGAUCCUACUUCUACAAUUGGUGGGUCACCGGGUUAUUCAAAUAAGUCGUGUUUUCUGUGGUUUUCCCAUGUUACAACUUUCGUACCAAUUCGGUCAAUCCGGAAUGGAUCGGUUAAACAUUCCAUUAGGGAGCCUGGUCUUGACUCUUCUGUGUGGUAUUCAUUCUCGUUCGGCUCUUGGAAUCACAUCCAGCAGUGGUUGGAACAGCUCGCAAAAUCCAACCACUUCACCUACUUUAUUGCCCCUAACCGUUUCUCGUACCUCUAUUGAAACAGAAUGGUUUCAUGUUCUUUCAUCGAUUGGUUAUUCCUCUCUGUUCGUAUCUCUUUUUCCAAUUUCGGUCUCGAUUAGUUUACAAGAUUAAAUGGCCAAUUCUCUUCUGGACCCUCGAUUCUUUAGUUUUCCAAGAAUGUUG